CUUUGAUCAUGCUCAAUGCUCGUCCUGAAAAAAUAAGUCGGCAAAAAAGUGCUUUCCAAAGGGGUUAUUUCUGGGCGACAGAAUUAUGCCCUGUUUGCCUGUUCAUUCAUUCAUCUCGUUUUUUCACUUUUGAACAGACAAAAACUGAAAACAAUCAAAGUUAAGUCGCUGAUUAUGAUUGAUCAAAUAGAAAAACUCACUCACUUUUUCCGCUCAGUUUCAGCAAAUAAAGUAUCUUCCUUUUUCAUCAACUCAACUCAAAAUGUUUGGGUGAGGGGUUAAGAUCUCACUCGAAGCUGAAACCAACCUCCGCAAAUUCCCCCCUUUCCAGGUUCAUCACUUUCAUUCAUAUUCCAAAGUGGUACGUUGGUUCUGUGUCUUGAGAAUCUAAAAUUAAUCUAGCUCAAUUGAGGCAUGUGAAGCUGAAGUCACUAAACAAACAUCACUAAGAAAUUUUGCCCAUUAAUUUUAUUUUUUUGUUUUGUCUUUUGAUUGUUCUAUUAACUGCCGUAUGUGGUGUAUGUGUUUUGCUAGAACCUAAGGAUUUUAGAUUUGUGGAGGUGGCUGUCAUGCUGAAUGUUGCUGCCUUCCAGUGGAGGAGUGAUGAAUUCUGCAAUGGAUGAUAUGAAUUUGAUUCAGCAGGCCCAGAGGCAUCACUUGGUUGUGAGGGAGAUUGGCGAAGAGAUUGAUUUAGAAAUUGGACCUGGGGAUGAUGAUCCUUCAUUUGGUAACACUACUCUAAUUGGUGGCCCGCCACGAGAAUCUUCUACAGAAGAGCACGUAGAGAGCAAACAGAUGGGGAUGGUUUCUCAGCUUCCUAAUGAUGCUCAAGAUAUGUCAAAGACCCAACCAGGGAAAAGGAAGAAGAAAGUUGUUAAAAGAUGGAGAGAGGAAUGGGCAGACACCUAUAAAUGGGCUUACGUUGACGUGAAAGAUGGAACAGCAAGGAUUUUUUGCUCUGUCUGCAGGGAGUAUGGCAGGAAGCACAGAAGAAAUCCUUAUGGGAAUGAAGGCAGUCGAAACAUGCAGAUGAGUGCCCUAGAAGAACACAAUAAUAGUUUGCUUCACAAAGAGGCUCUUCGUCUUCAGAUGGCCUCCAAGGAUAAAAUUGUUGUUGACAAGCCCGUUUAUGUUAAAGCUGGGUCAAUUCUUGAAGCUACUUUAAAAAGGGAUCCUCAUGAAACUGAAUUCAUUCAGGCAGUUCAGGAAGCAGUUCGUGCUCUUGAAAGAGUCAUAGCAAAAAAUUCCCAUUAUGUUAGCAUCAUGGAACGCUUGGUGGAACCUGAACGAAUGAUUAUUUUCCGAGUUCCAUGGGUGGAUGAUAGGGGUGAGACACAUGUUAAUCGUGGUUUCCGCAUACAAUUUAACCAGUCAAUGGGUCCAUGUAGGGGUGGUAUUCGUUUUCAUCCAUCAAUGAAUUUAAGUAUAGCCAAGUUCCUUGGUUUUGAACAGUAUACUGAGAUUCAACUACCAUCAAGUGAAAAGAAUCUAGAUUGCAAGCUGCAUUAUUUAUUGGACCAUUUAUAUGACAGACUUCCUUCUCUGCAGACCUUAAAGAAUGCUUUAUCACCUUACAAAUUAGGAGGAGCCGCUGGUGGAAGUGAUUUUGAUCCAAAAGGAAAAAGUGAUAAUGAGAUCAUGCGAUUUUGCCAAAGUUUCAUGAGUGAGAUGUAUCGGUACAUGGGUCCUGACAAGGACCUUCCCUCAGAGGAAAUGGGUGUUGGUACUCGAGAAAUGGGUUAUCUUUUUGGGCAGUAUAGACGUCUAGCUGGUCAUUUUCAGGGGAGUUUUACAGGACCAAGGAUAUUUUGGUCUGGUGCCAGUCUUCGACCUGAAGCUACAGGUUAUGGCUUGGUUUUUUUUGCCCAGCUCGUACUUGCUGACAUGAAUAAAGAACUCAAAGGAUUAAGAUGUGUUGUGAGUGGAUCUGGAAAGAUUGCAAUGCAUGUUUUAGAGAAGCUUGUUGCUUAUGGUGCUCUUCCCAUCUCAGUAUCAGAUUCAAGAGGAUAUUUGGUCGAUGAAGAUGGAUUCGACUACAUGAAAAUAUCAUUUUUAAGAGACAUCAAAGCUCAACAAAGGAGUUUGAGAGAUUAUUCAAAGACCUAUGCUCGGUCUAAAUAUUAUGAUGAAGCGAAACCUUGGAAUGAAAGGUGUGAUAUUGCUUUUGCUUGUGCUUCACACAAUGAAAUUGAUCAAUCUGAUGCCAUUAAUUUGGUUAAUUCAGGUUGUUGCGUACUAGUAGAAGGUUCGAACAUGCCCUGUACCCCUGAGGCAAUUGAUGUUCUGAGGAAAGCUAGUGUUCUCAUUGCUCCGGCUAUGGCUGCUGGUGCUGGAGGGGUUGUGGCUGGAGAACUCGAGUUAAAUCAUGAAUGCAGUUUGAUGCACUGGUCGCCAGAGGAUUUUGAAUCUAAAUUGCAGGAAGCAAUGAAACAGACUUAUCAGAGAGCUAUCAAAGCUGCAACUGAUUUUGGUUAUCAGAAAGAAAGUCCCGAGGCUUUGGUACAUGGAGCAGUCAUCUCUGCUUUUCUGACCAUUGCUCAAGCUAUGACGGAUCAAGGCUGUGUAUAAACGCUUGUCAAAACCUUGAAUGCAUCUUGGUGCUGGUAUUUUUCAUAUGGAUGGAAAUCCACAUGCAACUAAUAAUUGCAAGCUAAGGAUGGAUGUUGAUGUUGCAGUCUCAACAUCGGGAUACGCACUAAUGCAAGAGCAUUUUCCUUGUAAAAUGUGUAACGUGACUGUUAAAAUUAGAAGUUAUAGAGGAUGAAUGUUGUAGGCAGAUUUGGGAAAGCAUGUGAUAUGGUGUUAGUUGAACAAGGGAAAGGUUAUCCAAAUUGUUGCCAGGAAUAGGAGAUAUUGUUCUUGGCUCAUUCAACCCAUCUAGAUGCUUGUUUCCAAUUUGGAUGUUGAGAUAAGAAAUAAAGCUUAGCAUUAAACAUGCUUA